AUGACCAUUGAAAUCAAAACACAACAAGAUUAUAGUGAUAUGGAUGUCAACAUAGAAGAAGAGCACACUCAAGGUAGAAAUAAUUAAAUAUUAAAGCAAAAGUGUAAGUUAAAGUCAUAAGAAAUAAAGUAGUUCAAUUAGAGGAUUUUUUGUAGUGA